AUGCGGGUUCGAGUCACGUGGUUGUUGCUAUUUUCGUCAUUAAUUAUUGGCUUUUGUGUUGGAAGCCGUCUCCAAUCUGUUCGAGUUAAUGGCCAGCUCAAAUGUGGUGAUAAGCCAGCAUCUGGUGUUAAAGUAAAAUUGUGGGAUGAAGACGACGGACCAGAUCCGGAUGACUUAUUAGAUGAAGGUGAAACUGAUCGGAAUGGAAACUUUGAUCUUGAAGGUAGCACAAGUGAAUUCACAACUAUUGAUCCAGUUUUUAAAAUCUAUCAUGACUGUGAUGAUAGCUACAAACCCGGAAAACGGAAGGUGAAAUUACGCAUUCCGUCUCAGUACAUUACCACUGGUUCCAAGGCUAAGAAGACCUUCAGUGUCGGUGUCUUGAAUUUGGAGGCGACAUUUGCAAAAGAAGAACGUGACUUGCUGUGA